GAAAGCCUGUGUUGUAAAAGGCAAAGCCAAGGCCACAUACUACUGCCCCUUUUUAAUGCUUUCUCUGUCUUAACAUAUUUUACAAACCUAGUGCAGAAAAGAGUAACUGAUGACCACAGUAGCUUGAAGGAAAACAUGUUUAACACAUUUGAAAAAGGGAAGUUACAUUGUAAAAAAGUUACUUUGAAACAUUGCUAAAAAAACUCAGCCUAAAUGCUCAUGCAAAAAAUGGAAGUCUAUAUACUGUACAUACUGUUGCAAAUGAAUUUUACAAUAUAUUUGAAAAUAUUUUUGAAUUGUUAUCAAACACCAAAACAUGACACUAAUUGGCAUUUCUUACUUAGAAACACUAAGUAGGUGGAUAAUAGCUAUUGGUGAGCCACACAGACUGGGCGGUACCUGUGGUGAGGUACCUAUUAGACAUAAUGACUGGAGCUUCAGUAAACACAGGAUGAUACUACAGGUAAGAAGCCAACACACACUGCUUUAUUAACCAACUUUGGGUAAAGUAGUUUAACCAUCGGCAACUAACAGACGAAGUGAAAGACUUUAAGGUUUUGACAUGUUCAAUUAUUUUUGUCGUCUUCUGUUUUUGACGUGAUUGCAAACCUUAUCAGAAAACACCAAAAAGGUUAACAAUCAGGUCGAAAUACCAAGUGCAGACAAUAAGAAUUAUUCAAUCAUUUGAUGUUAAUCAUUUAAAUGUUUUUAUUUAAAAAGACAGACUCAAAUUGCUGCAUAAGCCUAUACUUUAUGUAAUCUACUUAUAGAUAUAUUUAAUAGAUGUAGUUGCUGGAUUAAAAUAUAAAAUGGAUCUAUUAGUUUUAGAAAUCUGAUUUAUUAGUUAUUCCAGUUGACACUCAUGCAAACAUCUAAGAACAAAGAUGUGCUGAUGUAAGUGGCGCAGACGAAUAUGUUCAUUCUAAAUGUUAUAAAAUAAAUUGUUUUAUCUUUAUCCACCAAAUAUAUUACAAAAUUACCAGAUGACUGACUAAAAUAUUAACAUUUUACCAUAUUUAAAUUUGACCAUAUUUGUAGUGAAGAUUUUUUUUAUCACCCUUUGCAAAACUGGUUCAGCUACAGUGUGUAUGUCCAAAUGGCACCUUUUGGAGGCUUGUUUAAUGAAAAUGAAUGUGUGCAGACCAGAAGAACCCUGGGCCAGGAAGUGAAGUGAUCUGACUAUAUAAACAGAACAACCAGCAUGCACCAAAGACUCAAAAUGAUAAGGAUUUCGUGGAAAUGGAAAAAAAGAGCUACAACUUUCUUGGUGGUGGGACUUUUUGGCCUGUUGGCCUUUGAACUUUGUAAAAGUUCAUCAAAGCAUGAAACAGAUCACCUUCGUGUAGAUUUAAAAGAGGACAUCAGAAAAGUACAACAGUUCUUCAAAAGUAACACCUAUGUGUUCACCUGGUCAAGCUGUGAACAGAAUAUUUCAGCUACAAACAUCACAAACUUCAGUUCAUUUCCUGGUCCCAUGAAAGACUUUCUCUACUACAGACACUGUCGCCAUUUCCCCAUGUUGCUGGAUGUUCCUGACAAAUGUGGAGGAGCUUCUCAGUCUGCAGAAGUCUUCCUUCUACUGGUCAUUAAAAGUUCCCCUGUGAACUACGACCGCAGAGAGGUGCUGCGUAAAACCUGGGCUGAGGAGAGAGAACAGAACGGUGUGUGGAUCCGAAGGCUCUUUAUCUCAGGAACCAUGGAUUCUGGUAAAGAGAAGGAACGACUGAAUAAAAUACUGGAACUGGAGCAUCGUGAGCACAAUGACAUCCUCCAGUGGGACUUUAGUGACACUUUCUACAACCUGACCUUGAAGCAGAUCCUCUUCCUGGAAUGGAUGGAAAGAAACUGUCCAAAGGCACGUUUCCUGUUAAAUGGUGAUGAUGACGUCUUUGCCAACACAGACAACAUGGUCCAGUAUCUUCAAGGCCUUGAAGACAAUGAUGGGAGUAAACAUCUGUUUACUGGCCAGCUGAAUGUGGGGAUGGUCCCUGUUAGAUCAUGGAGCAAGUAUUUUGUCCCAGUUCAGGUGCAUGAGGCAGAUGAGUUCCUCCCUUACUGUAGUGGUGGAGGCUUUCUCCUGUCUGGCUACACAGCGAUGGUCAUAUACAAUAUGUCCCAGUCCAUCACUCUUCUUCCCAUCGAUGAUGCUUACAUGGGUAUGUGUCUGAGUAAAGCAGGGCUGGAACCCAGUAACCAUAUGGGUGUGAGGGCUGCAGGACUGGACACUUCCUCCAACAACAUUGACAGACAUGAUCCUUGCGUUCAUAAAGAGCUUUUACUGGUUCACAAAUUCCCUACAUCUCAUUUGUAUCUUCUGUGGAACAGAAUACAUGACCCCAAGCUGAAAUGCUUUGUCAGCACCAAACUGUAAUUUGAGGAAUGCAAUUUGAGGAAUGCAUGCACUACUUUCGGCUAUGCAAAUGUAUAAUGUAUAUGCUGCCAAAAU